AUGGACUUUAUGGCUGUAGACUCUAUAGGCCUAUCCGGAGGGCUCUUAUGCAAUUGGGAUCCUAAGGUGUUUCAAUUACAAGCUUGUUGCAGUAGUAGAAGAUUCAUCAUGUUCUUAGGUACUCUGUUUAAAUCAUUUGAUUGUGUUAUUCUCAAUUUAUAUGCUCCAGACUCAGUUGGUGAUAGAAAGAAAUUAUGGGAUAGUUUGAUUAAACUAAAGAUGAACUUUCAAAAUCCUUGGUGUCUAUGUGGAGAUUUCAAUGAAAUCAAGAAUAUAAGUGAGAGAAAAGGUUGCUAUAGGAGAGAUAGGGGCAUGAAGGAUUUGAAUGAUUUUAUCGACAAGUGUGAAUUAAAUGAUAUGCCAUUACGUGGGAGGAAGUUCAUGUGGUGCAACUCAGCAGAAGCUAAGAAGUGGAGUAGAAUUUAUAGAGUUUUCGUAGACCCAAAAUGGAUAGAGAGGUUUAACUUGAAACUUUGGAGACUACCAAGAUGUAUUUCUGAUCUUUGUCCUCUAUUGUUGAUGGGGAAUGAGAGAGAUUGGGGCCCCAAGCCUUUCAGAUUUCUUAAUGCUUGGGCCUUGCACUCUAAUUUUACAGCUUUUAUAGAGAAGACUUGGAAGGAAAUAGUGGUUGAGGGAUGCGCUAGUUUUACUCUACAAAUCAAAUUGAAGACUUUGAAGCUUGCAAUAAAAAUCUAG